UGUAUGUAUGUAGUACAAGCAACGAUACGUUCGCCAAAUGAGAUAGACGAAUUUACUGUGCGCGACUCCGUUUUUUGUUUUUAUUAUUUUUUAACGUCACAAUAUGACGAAAAUGUCUGUUUAUCGCCGUGUGGGAUUUCUGUUUCCGACAGUGCAUUAAAACGUGUGUCAACAAGGUAUAAAAACAAUAAGAACGGAGCACGUCGACGCUUAAAGUAUAACAGUACUAUUUUUAUUACCGACUAUUGUUCGUAAACAUGGAUUAGGUUAGGUUAGGUUAGGUUACGUGUUAAGUGCUGCUUGAUGGGUGAAGAUUCAUCGAGUUCUGAUGAUGAGUUAGCGGAUGGAUGGUCAAUAAUCGGAGGUCGGAGGGCAGAUACGCUUACGCUACAAAUUAUACGAUUAUCUCAAAAUGUGAUAAAAAAGCAGAGGAGAUGGACGUAAAAAUUGACGUUGAAUACUGCGGCUCAUGUGGGCACAAGAAACAAUUUCUUCAGUUGGCGGAGGAGAUAAAAAGGAAUGUCCCCAAUGUCCACGUCGCUGGCACAGCAGGAAGGCAAGGUUCCUUCGAAGUGCAAGUAAACGAUGAAUUGGUAUAUUCUAAGCUCCAAACACUUGCGUUUCCCGAUUUUGUUGCGAUCGCGGAUAUGAUCAAAGACGUAUCCGUGGGUAAACCAGUGAGGAAAGUUGACCAACAACAGCCCGUGGACUGUGUACUAUUGUAAACACGUUUUUUUUUUUGUAGAUCAGAACUGAGAGUGACGUCCACGGUACCGCCACCGUAAUAGAUCUUCUCUAGAACGUCCGAGCUGGCAUUCU